AUGCUCGAGGUUCUCGAUACAGCUGGCCAGGAGGAAUACACAGCGCUACGCGAUCAAUGGAUCCGAGAUGGCGAAGGCUUUGUGCUCGUAUACAGCAUCUCGUCGCGCUCGUCGUUCUCGCGUAUCAAACGUUUCCACCACCAAAUCCAGCGGGUCAAAGAGUCAACAGCCUCUUCGCCGUCAUACCCUGGCUCGCCACUGGCCGCCGCUAAUUCCCAGGCACCCGUACCUGUCAUGCUCGUCGGCAACAAGAGCGAUCGUGUGACCGAGCGCGAAGUGUCGACCCAGGAAGGUCAUGCGUUGGCCCGCGAGCUGGGCUGUGAGUUCGUCGAGGCAUCAGCUAAAAACUGCAUUAACGUCGAAAAGGCCUUUUACGACGUCGUCCGCAUACUGCGCCGGCAGCGCCAGCAGGCAUCGCGCCCUGUUGCUCCCUCGAGCGGCACCCGUCGCCCAGCAGGUGGCGAGAGCAGCUCUCGUCGGACGGAUUCAGAACGCUACCGGAGAUCCAAGAGCAACCGUUGCGUUAUCUUAUAG